GCACUUCUAACACAGCCUUGCUUGGUAACGACUGUUGCACAGCUUUUUUAUGUAGUUUUUUGCUCCUCUUCUCUGUUUCCCAGAAUAAAAGGACUUGUGAUUGGGAGAGCAAGAGCUUCUGCUCAGCUAAAGACUUGCAAAAGCUGUCCGAGUCUCUUUCUAUGAGGUAUGUUUUUGAGAAUCUCUCUCCAUUCUCAGUGGGUCAUGUCACUGGCACUGCUUUUUUAUGUGCGAAGUAAAGGCUUAUCUCUCUUUGUGCCCUCCUUCAGCCCCUGUCAUCAUUGUGGCAUGCAGCUUAAAAACCCUCUGUCAGCCACUGAAGAGCUCAUUCUGGCUUUCAGCUGUGGAUGCAGCAAGGACAUGCUGGCCUGAAUGAAGAGAUGAGGCAAACAGAUUGGGGCAUUUGAAUUAGUCUAUUGGGGACACUGGUGAGUGCGCCCACUCCACCAAGAGGGAAUCCUGGCGAUAUGGAAAUAUUAAUCCAUGGGGAGGAAGAGUUGUGUGGAUUUUGAUAAGAAGACCUCUAUAACACUGUUCUAAGGUGUGAGUUUUUGACAGGGAGGAGAUCCAGUUGGGGACACCGAGCAUUGCCUGGAGAGUAACCCUUAGAAGCUGAUUCACUGAUCACUGCCAGCCACCACCAUGACUGACUCUCACCUGUCUGGCUCUGUGGGCAGCUUCAGCAGUAGCUCUCCUACUGCCACUGACUGGAACAUCACAGGCAGCGGCCCAUGGUUGUUGGCCUUCAUGCUGACAGCCAUCAUCAUCAUGACAGUCUGUGGCAACAUCCUGCUUAUUGCAUUGGUGUUUGCCCAUCGCUCUUUGCGCUGCACAUCCAAUUGCUUCCUGGUGUCUUUGUUCUUCUCCGACCUGAUGGUGGCGUUGGUGGUCAUGCCCCCGGCCAUGCUCAACGUGCUGUGUGGCUCCUGGGUGUUAAGGCCGGCUUUUUGCCCAGUUUGGCUUUGCUUUGAUGUCAUGUGCUGUAGCGCGUCCAUCCUCAACCUCUGCGUGAUCAGUCUGGACCGUUAUAUCUUCAUUAUUUCACCGCUGCGCUACAAGCAGAGGAUGACCCCCCUGCGGGCUCUACUUCUGGUUGGAGCUGCUUGGGGUCUGGCAGCACUGGCCUCCUUCCUGCCUAUUGAGAUGAACUGGCACAGUUUAGGCCAUUGGAAUGAAUACUUGCCAAUUCCUCAAGUCAACCUUGGUAACAUCAGUUCCUUCUAUGAAAAACUGUACCCAGAGUCCUACUUUCAGCUGUCACCAUCGGGAAAUGUGUCCUUUCAGUGCCGCCUGCAGGUGACACUGCCCUUUGCCCUGGUGGCAUCAGUGCUUACCUUCUUUUUGCCCUCCAGCGCCAUUUGCUUCACAUAUUGCCGGAUCCUUCUGGCUGCACGGAGGCAAGCAAUGAGAGUUGCAGCACUGAGCCACCCUCCACACCCUCAUCCAUCCCUUGGAGAACCUUCCCGACCUCCUUCGCCCAGAGUUGUAGCCAGGUCGGCUCAGCAGGAUGGACAUAAAUGCAGUCAUCAAGGACCCCCCAUGUCUCAAAAUGUACUGCUGUCUGUGACCAGUGAGCGACGUCUUGCUCACAAGCAGGGUCGGAGGGCACUGAAGGCCAGUCUCACACUGGGUGUCCUUCUGGGACUUUUCUUCAGUGCUUGGUUACCCUUUUUCAUCACCAACAUGGCUCAGGCAGUGUGUGAGUGUGUCCCACUUGCUCUUUUUGAUGCCAUCACCUGGCUGGGUUACUGUAACAGCACGAUAAACCCCAUCAUCUAUCCCCUGUUCAUGAGGGACUUCAAGCGAGCUCUGGCAAAGCUUCUGCCCUGCUGUUCCUCACGGUCACCUAGGAGACCCUCACCAGCUCUCUCCAUCUCUCUGCGCAACUCAGGGGAGCCAAACAUUGCCAGCAACCCUACCUCGCCUCUGGCCUCUGACCCCACCCACCCACCUGCCACUGCCACGGAUGCUGUGAACUUGCUGGAUGCUGAACACGCUGGGAUUGAGCUGCCUCUGCUUCUUCCCAAUCAGGUUGACAGUCUAGACUGAAUGACUAUAAGAAGCACAACCUGUUAAUGACUAGUGGAUUACAGAGGAAGAAU